CUACUAUUUUUAUAACGGAAAACUUUAGCCUGAAAAACUUUAUAACGCGGGCGGAGCCGCGAGCAAAAGCUAGUUUUCAAUAUUUUUUAUGCAUAUCACAUAGUCAAUUAUUUUUGAGAUGAACCGAAUUAGAUUUAUACUAUAUUUAUAUACAAAAUAAGUAGUAACACUUGACUCUGCUUUGUAUCGAUUGCAAUUAUGGGGUUUACGUAUAAAUAUCACACGACUUUCCUAAGGUCUUUUAAAAUAUAUAUAUACUGUACUGAACUUAAAACAUAAGUUAACCAUUAUAUUACAAAAAAGUGCUUUUUACUUUUACUAUCAUUGGAGACUUAAGUCUUACACAGUCAAUUUACAGUAUUAAAUACGGUAUACAAGCCUUGCAUUCCACUUUACUGGCUUUAAAUUUCAACUACUUAUUUAAAAUCUAAAAUGAAUAGCACAAAAAUGUACUAAUUUCUACUUAAUUGGGCCCUUUUGGCUACAUUGUUAUGUACUGAUCAACAAUUGACUUGCUUUUAAACUGACCUGAAAGUAAUCACGUAUAGUUUAGAGCUCUUUUAUCUUAAAAAAAAAUAGAAGGUUUAGAGAACAAUAACUAAAGUUACUAACUGCAGGCCUGUCAUAAAAAAUAGCGUCAGCUGUACCAAUAUAAUAACAAUUAGUCUUACUUAUAAACUUAUUUUAGCGUUAAAAGGUGGUUAAGAAUUUCUUAGCUUUCAAAACAUCACCGAUUCCGAGUUUAAACCUCAUUAAGAGACAAGAUGGCGGGUUUUGACUUACAGCUGAUUGAGUAAAUUUGUGUUUUAACUAAACAUAGCUUUGCGAGAUUUUUAUAAGUAAGACUGAAUGUGUUUAAAUAUCGUUUUGCUGAUUUUUAAAUCUUUUUUCAAUACAAAAAUAUCUUGAGUGUAAAUGUGUAAAAUAUUUUUAAACAUUAUGUUAUUCUUUUCGAUUUUCUUAUUCUAUCUUUGUAGACUGAUUCUGGACAUUCCUUUGCUAUAUCUAAAAUUGUAGGAACUUUAUUUAAUACUUAAACUGAUCUUUUAUGUUUCAAUGAAAUAGGAUGUUUUUACCGAAGUAAUGAUGAGAAUUAUUUUAUGAAUUGUCAUACAUAUUAAAUGAAUGUAAAAAACUUUACUCAAUAUUGGUUUCAUUAAUUAUUAAAUUUAUAAAUAAAAUACAUAAAAACUAAUAUAAAGAAUAUAAGGAGACUUAUUUAAAAUUUCUUGAACGAUUUGUAGUUAAUUAUUAAUUUUGUCUUUUGAUUAUAUGUGAUCAAAAACCUAUUUAUCAAUAUUUUUAGUAAUAAGACAGAUUAUAAAAUGUAGUGAAUCUCCUAAUAAAUGAAUGUCGAGUUAUAUUUAUUGAAGUUUAUAUCGAAUUUACAAAAUUGUACCUAAUAUAUAAAUCAAAAUGGUGCUUAUAUUGUAACGGUUUUUGAACUUUUACAAUGUGUAUUACGUAUUUAUUGUAAGCUUGUGAUAGUUUUGUUAUGUAGAAAUAAAUCAUAAUAAUUUAGUAUAUUAGUGUUUUAUUUUGUAACUCUUCAAUAGUCCAACGGAUUAUUAAAAGGUUUGCAAUCUACGAUGGCACUCUGUCUCUUGUAUAUUAUGCCAAAUUAUGUAAAAGUUAAUUAGAUAACUUCCUUCAACUAUAUUAAAUAACAUUCUGACUGAGCAUUCUGACUUGAUUCGUUACCCUAUAGGCUAUAUAUAAAAUAAAAUAUCCUCUGUGAAUAUUUAUAAUAACGAUAAUAGCCGUAAAUUAAGUAAACGAUGCAAUACUCAGAAAAACUACAGAAAUUACAUUUUACGACAACAUUGAGCAAUAAUAUAACAAAACUAUUUAGAGAAUACGUCCUAAACUAUGUAAUAUGAAAUAUUUCAUAAUAUAAAACACGCUGUAGCUAUUAACUUUAUCAUUCGUUCUUAUUAUAGAAUGAUAGACUAUAGUCUAUAUUUGGCCUACUUUUUAUUAACUGUGCAAAUAGUCAAGUGACAAUUGACAUUUAUUUAUUUCGUGUGAUGCGAAUUUAUUGAAAAAAAAAGUUGCAGCCUUUUUAUGAUUUUACGAUGAAUAUUACCGACCUGACCUGAUCGCAGGUAUACGGUAGUCGCGUGUCGUGUAUUAUUGUGAUGGAAGUGAGGAGUGACCACAACGACAUGAGUCGUAGAGCGGGUGAACUCUUGCGGCGAAUCAACCGCAUCGCGGACGGUCCCAUGACUCGAAAGAAACUGGUAAUUAUAGUGCUAUUUGUUGUGUUUUUACUGCUCUACAUCGGGCCUUCUUUGAUGAACUGGCUCUUCAGCGAGGAGAGCGGGACGAGUCAUCAAAACGUGUGUCAGAAAAACUUUUUGAGUCCCUACGAGAACGCGCUCAAUGAGUACGAUGCCUAUAUGAGGCAAGAGACGUCGGCGACGCUCUCCUCUCUUAGCCACAACUAUGUGCCUUACGUCGGAAACGGCUUAUUGGGAAUGGCGUUGGAACACGAUUCACAUCUGAACAUUAAAUAUGGAAGGACUCUAUCCUUACCUCUCUACUAUCACCCUUUGUACAUAGUAGAUGAUUACGAGAUGAAAGAAUUCACUGUGUCAGACUACAAAAAUGGUAUCAUCAAUAGAUUCCAAUGUUCAAACACUGGUGUACAUAUUUCAUACCAAUAUUAUGCACACAGAACUAUACCAUCACUAUUUGUCCAAGAAAUAUGGAUAAACAACCCCACAAACAAAGAGAAGAUGUUACAUAUUUCAACACCCAGGGUAUCAGACUGGGAGACAGCUGUAAAACAGACCGUAAAGCUGCAUCAAGGUGUUGAUACAAAAGAAUAUGAAGUUGUUACAGGAAUGAUUACAAUACCUGACAGUGAAAAUGUUAUAGCAGCAGCUGUAGUGUCCAGGAAACUUAGUAACACCCUAAAAGUUGAGGCUCGAGAUGGACUAGACCUGCUUAUAUUAACUACGGUACAAUACAGCAGACCAAUCAAUAAAGCAGACUAUGCAAAACAUAAAGAUUUAGUGGAGAAAAAAGCUUUAGAAGAAAUGGAAAAAGUAAUAGCACUCACAGGUGACCGGCCAGCUGUUAAGAAGCUGAAGGAAAACCAUGCACGGGUAUGGCAGGGGCUCUGGUACACAGGAUUUUAUAUUUCUGACUCCAAAGCUGAAGGCAUCAUCAAUGGAGACCGUAUUAACGCGACAAUCUAUGCAAUAUUGUCACAAGUACGUAGCUAUGAACAUGAGGAGCAUAUAAAACCUGCAACAAAAUCUGAUAUAUUACGCUCCUUGACAUAUUCCGAAGGUUGCUAUGAAGGGCAUUCAACAUUAGAUGCUUUCAAUUUAUGGAAACCAUUAAAUAGUUUAGGCAAUCUGAAUGCAGUGGCCAGUGUGUGGUUAUUGACAUUAGAAAAGCAAGGCUGCCACAAUCUGUUAAGAGCUGGUGCAAGUGGGGUGAACCAGGCAAUGAUACUUAGUUUUGGUAGCUUACGUUUCAGCAACCAACACUUAGAAUACAACAUCCAUCCAUCAAAACUGCACAGAGAUUUCUUAUUUAGACGCAUUAAUUAUGGCAACAUGACACAUGUCAACAUUAGUGUAAUCGUCCAAGAGGACAACAAAGCAGCUAUAUUUGUUGCUCUAGAUCGGUCAGACAAAACUUACUAUGCUUGUGAUGGAGGUUGUUUAGAUUCUCCUGUUCAGCUGGGACCGUACAGGAAAUACUUCCCGGUGAAGUUAACGGAGCCUUUAACUGCUAUAUUGUACAUCACCGCAGAUAAGCAACACAUGGAGGACUUACGGCACGCCAUCCAUGUAAAGGAGGUUGUGGAAGCUCCUCCUCACGAAAACCAUAUAAUAGCCUUGCAUAAACAUGGCCACAGUUUGGGUGGUCUAAAUCCAUUGUUCUGGAUAUCUAUAAUAGUUCUCAUUGUGGUCUUCCAUCUCUUCCUAUGCAGAAUAAUAAUGAAUGAGUUCUGUGACAGUGGAGUGAGUUACAGAAGGCUUUAUAACAAACCUUGAACUCUUAUAAAUUUGUAUACAAACAAAUAUGGUUACAAUGUCUGUAGUUUGUUUCCCUUUGCACAAAUUAAUUUGGGAAAUAGAGCUCAAUUGUAUUACAAUUAGACCAUGUUAAAGGGACAAGUUUAUCGUUUUAGAAAAUUGUGAUUGUAAAUUUGAGGCAAAUGUAUAUUUAGUAACUAUUGAAAGCAUUGACCUUGCAAUUUUUUUAUUUAAUUUUCUUUUAUGUAUGCAUAUAUUGUCUGAAUCUUUUCAUAAACCAUUAUUAUGAAGCAAGUACUGCCACUAGUUUAUAAAGUAAUGAAAUAAUAUUCUAAAAUCUGAAAAUUAUGAUUGUUAAUAAAAAAGCAAUAAUAACAAAAAUAAUAUGUACCUACUUGUCUAUUUGUCACUACUUCUGUUUAUCUUUGUGGCCUAAAAGUCCCUGCUGUACCAUUUUAAACAAAUAAGCAAUAAAUAUACGAGAAAUGUAAUUUUGAAAUAUGCAGCACAUUUGUUUUCGCUAUUUGGUAGUAAUUGAGAUAUUAGGGAAAUCUGCCAAUAUAUAUUUUAAUAGUCAUUAAUUAGCGUAUAUUUAAUAUAAUUGGAGCUUAAAUAAUGGAUUUCCCCAAUAUUAGUCAUGGUGACAAUGUAUCUUGAUCUCUAAUGUGGCACAAUAAUAAGUAAUAAAAAACUGAUUGAAGGUCAUUUGUAUUGUGUGAAUAUGUACAUUGUGUUUGUUUAUGAAAGUAUUAUUUAGAUUAUAAAUUAAGUUGCACAACAUUCAUAUAAGGAGAAUAUUUAAUUUUAGCGGCUUUAUUGCUAUGCUCAUAUUUAAGCUAAUUUUAUUGCUUCAUAUAAACAAUUGGAGCCAAAAGAGCAAGAAUGAUUCACAUGCAAAUUCAAAAACAAGACUUUUUAAUGUAUUGGAGAAGUAAGAAUUUAACUUUUCACUUUUCACUUUUCAAAUUAUAAACUACUGCACAAUGCUAAUUAGACCUGGCAGAUAAAAAUUGUUUCUGGAUUUGGAUAAAUCCAGCUAUUCUUGCACUAGUGGCUUCAAAAUACCCAAUAUGUUAAUCUGCUUUUUAUGUGAAAAAAUUCUAUUAUUUUUAUCUGACCUAUUUAAUCUCCCUACAAUUCCAUUCAUAUUAAAUGUCCUAAACAUCACAGGAUUGGUCAUAUCAGUCAUAUAGUUUAUUGUCCUACAAUUUCCAAAGUGAAUUUUAUCUAAAUCUGUUAAAUGAGAUUAUCUGAAUGGUUUCCUGUGUUGCAUUACCUUGAUACCAAUUUGCACUAUCAAGCAUAUACUAUGAAUAACAUACAAAAUGAAUGUAUUCUAUAAUCAGAUACAAAAAGGAAAAUAAAAUACAUAAAUUAUACCUACAUUAUUUUUUAUAAUACAGGUAAAAAGAUGGGUAUCAUUAAAUUUCUGUAUUCCCUGA